UCGUAAGCGGUCAAUCGUAAUCUGGCAUUGUGAGGAUCAUAGUGAAGACACACUAUUGCGUAAUUUGACAUCAUCUUGUGUCUUGCUUAUGUGCUGGUAAAACCGGCUGGUAAUCCACGUGGACUACACUUACCACUCGGACAGCAGCCGUAAUUCGCCAUGUAUCCGUCCGAUAUACACAAUAGACCAUGGUGGACACUUUUGUCUCUGUUUGUGGUUAUACUGCUUUAUCCUUCAGGCUGGACUCAAGCUGUUGGCCCGAUAGAUAGGAGAUUCGAACUGAGAAACCUGAAAAUCGCUGCAGUAGAAUCAUUCGGUGGUGAUCCUUUUCUUGCUCCACCUUGGAAUGAUGUGGAGCGCGAAUCUAAGCACUUCUUGGUGCCAGACUCCAGCUUGUAUGUCGUGGAAUCAGAUGAUGGAAACGGUCUGGUUAUGUCAGCAAAUGGGGGAAUCAUUCAGCAGUUCAACAUUCUGGAUCCCUCGCAAUGUCCCUGGCUUAUGGAGGCUUGUCCAAAACACCAAUUCGUCAUUCAGUUCGACAUUCAACCAAUCUGGCAAGGUCGUCGGGAUGAGAAAUCCAACGUUCUCACUUUACGUACGAGACAAUCGGUUAAAAAUCCAACUAUUUGGGUCGUUCAGUUUGUGAUGCCCAACUCAACCACGCUUUCAGUCAGCUUUUACCCUGCGGACCAAAUGAAUCGACAAUGCCCCAUUUUCCCCCCACAAAACCUUACUCUAUCUCCUUCCGGUUGGACGCGUGUCAUCGCACUCAUUAGAGCCAAAACUGGAGAACUGACGCUGGAUAAACAACAAAUGCCUGAUGAGCCGGCACCCAGUGAUGCAAGACGCGCCUCCCUGUUACAUCGUAAUUGGAGAAGUUUGGCGUCACUCCUCAGGGAGAUCCCAACAAAUAGGUUGGGUACACUUGAAGCGAUGGAUUUUGGUAAAGAUUCCUAUGUUCGGUAUGAUUUCAAAAACCGGCUAAAAAAGACCGCGGAUCGUGAAGAAUUAUCAAUCGAGUUUGAAGUACCACGAGGCAUCGAAAAUGGGCUUAUUUGGUUUGUGGAGAACAACGCAUCGAAAAGCUUUGUUUAUCUCAAGGAUGGUCGCCUGCACUACACAUUUUUGUUUGUGGAUCGAACAAGGAGCGCCCAACUGACGUUGACUGAAGAAAUUUACCUGAACACACCAUUGCAACCUGAUACGCCACAUCUCCUCUCAUUGGUUCGCGACCGAGAUAACUUGACGUUGACUUUAAACGAACGCAGUCAUGCGAGCAAACAUAUUGAUGGCCGAGUCCCAUUAGUUCCUAGUGACGGAAAUGCCUAUUUAGGAGGGUCACAAAAUCCCGCAAGGGAUACUGCUGGAAAGGUGACGGAAACGUUUCGUGGACGCAUUACAAAGGCUCAAGUUGCUCGUGAAGGUGACAAAAAGGUGGAUCUGUUGCAAGUUGCGACUGAUCGCCACUGGAAUGACUCUGUGGUGAGAUCCGGUGGUGUUCGGUUCGAGAUAAAAGAACCGAAGGUCAAACUGGUGAUUGGCCCAACUGCUUCCAGACCACUUCAGUCUGGUUUUUCCGCCGGAAGUUCCCCAAUUGGAAUGGCGUUAUCUCGAGAACCUGUUCAAAUUUCCUUCCGAGGAACACAGAACUCGGUAGUACGGUUUGAUACAUGGGACUUUGUCCUUUACCGAUCCUUUGAAAUCGAAUUCGUGACCUACGAGCCAAAUGGCAUCUUAUUUUUUGUUGGUCCAGAUCGUGAACACACUGAUUUUGUUUGCGUCGAAUUGUACGACGGCAAUGUUUACUUUGUCUAUGCCGUUGGUGAUCAUUUUCGGCAUAUCCAACUCAAUCCGGACAAUAUGAAAGUCAAUACGGGCAUGUCGAACCGUGUCUAUGUGUCGCGAAAUGAACACCAUCAAUUCUUGGUGAAGUUCAAUGACCGCAUCGUGGAUGUGGACCAGGGUAAAACUGCCCACCAAGCUGAGUUUGCUACCUACACCUAUAUUGGUGGUGUCGAUCAUUCUAGUCGGCUUCCCUGGCACGUUUGGUCCAGAGAGAACUUUGCUGGAUGUAUCCCAUCAAUCCGAAUUAAUGAUGACAAGUUUUUGAAGGCCUCAUCCCGAAUGAGUCAGCACACCGAUGCCAGCCGUGGAAUAGAGUUCGGAGUUUGCCGUGUACCAGACAGGCGAUGCACUCGGGAGAUUUGUGGAGGAGGACAAUGCGCGGAACGUUCCUACCCCUAUUUUGAGCCUCUAAAUUUUGCUUGUGAUUGCAGUGGCUCAGACAAGACGUUCCGAGACGGCGUAACGGAUAUUAGACGGUCCGAAGCUUGUUUUCGAGUUUUGUAUACGCCUGAACGAAAAAUGCGAAGGUUACAUCGUUUUUUCAUAUUUUCCUUGAGUAAAGAUGCACCCAUCUUGGAAAUGGAUGGAGAAAUGGUCUACCUGAUAGAUUUCGACCGCCAGCUUCAUACCAUGACAACUCAUACCGAUGAUAUCAGCCUCCAGUUUAGAACACAACAGAGCAAUGCUCCCCUGUUCUACGCCGUUUCACCAGCGGACAAGAGUUACUUUCGAGUGGAUCUUUCUGGAGGUCGAAUCCGCAUCCAGACGAAUAUCAAUCACGUGGACAAUCGAUUUAAUUUUGAGCAAUAUUCCCUGGCGAGUGGACCCCUGGACGAUAACAAAUGGCAUACUCUACGAAUCCGCCGCCGUGCUGAAUAUAUGUUCAUGUCCAUAGACGGCAUUCACGACGAUACUGUAACAAUACCUCUACAAAGCCAUUUGAACACAUUUCAACUGAUAGCUCAACAAAUUUACCUGGGUAGUGCGGGUCCUUCGGACUAUUCUCGACCGCCUCCCCCUGGAUCCGAACAGAGGUUCCUUCCACCACCUCCGAGAUUUGUGGGAGAGUUUCGCAAUUUCUACUGGAAUGAGUAUGACUUUAUUGGAACCGCUUCGUGUUCCGGUAAAUAUGGCACGGAUAUGCUCACUCCCCGCGCUGAACUGCCCACGUUUCCACAAUGGCCUCGUGAACCAACGUACUCAAUUACAUUGACGUACAAAUUAAACUACACCCGAUUGGCAAAAGUUUUCGAUAUGAGGGAAGCUGGUGAUAUGUGGCUGAUUGAAUUCAAGACUGAAUACGAUGGUGUCUUGCUUAGUGCUCGUGAACCAGGUUCGAUGGAUCAAGUGCAUAUUACUCUGGUCCUUCUGCGCGGCCGUCUUCAUGUAGUGUACAAUGUUCACGGAAGGUCUGGAGUGCACCAGAUCACCAGUGGACCUACUGCGAACAAUCUCAAUGAUGGUCGUUGGCAUCGUAUUGUGAUUGGCUUGGAUCGACGGAAAAAGGAAUUGGUUGCAUUUUUGGAUUCAUACCCACCACAGAUAAUCGGAAUCGGAUUGCCUGUUAACAGAAUCCAACUUUUGAACUUUUACUUCGGCGGGCUGCCUGAUACCGAAUGGCAGUCGGUUUGGAGCUUACUCCGCAGUUAUGCACCUGGGUCACUACAGUCAUCAGACGCGGAGCACGGACGACAGCCAGCGUUCACCGGUUGCAUUGGUGGUUUCAGCGUGCGUUCGGACAAGUUUGCCAGUGACCUGUUGCGACGACAUGAUUCCGAGCUAACUGCAUAUCCUACGACCGAAAUAGUCCGAGGCUUCUGCCGAGAACAAAAGAGAUGUACCAACGAUUACUGUUACCACGGUCGCUGUGAGCAAGUUUCCGAACGCGAAAUACGUUGCAUCUGUACUGGCACUCAAUACGAAGGUCCCCGAUGUGAAACCCCCAUCGUCAACUGUCCACCAAAUUAUUGUAACCAGCGGGGUGUCUGUACAGUCGUCAACGGCCAACCCAAAUGUGACUGCUCGGGUAGUGGGUAUCAUGGGGAACGGUGCGAAAUCAGCCCAUGUACAGCUCCUGGAGGAUAUUGUUACAAUGGUGGUGUCUGCUCCAUUCGAGGUGGAUUGCCUUACUGUGACUGUCGAGGCACGGGAUACUAUGGUGACCGUUGUCAGGAUCCAAUAUGUCCGCCAAACUACUGCUACAAUCGUGGACGUUGCCAUGUUGACGCCAACGAGCGUCCCGUAUGUGACUGUCAGGGUACUGGGUACAUAGGCCCACGAUGUGAGCAAACAGCCUGCACACCAGACACAUGUGAUAAUGGCGGAAAGUGUGUAGUAAAUAGCUAUGGAGUGGUCGAAUGUAUUUGUACUGGAACUGGGUUUCGAGGACCACAAUGUAGAACACCUAUAUGUACCUCGGAUUACUGUAGUAACCGAGGUCGUUGUGUAGUUGGACCAAACGAACAACCAAUGUGUGAUUGCACAGGGACGGGUUAUACUGGAGAAAGGUGUCACAUUUCAAUUUGCCAGCAGGGCUACUGCGCCAACGGUGGACGGUGUGUUUACGGCCCAGGAGACCAGCCAAGGUGUGAGUGUCAAGGUACCGGAUAUACGGGUGAGCGAUGUCACAUCAAAAUCUGUGCAGACGGCUAUUGCGCGAAUGGCGGACGAUGCACAGUGAAUUCGCAGAAUCAACCUGUAUGUGACUGUGCUGGAACAGGGUUUGGAGGUAGUCGUUGCACAGAUCCAAUUUGUCGCCCAGGCUUUUGCCAAAACGGUGGAAGGUGUUACUUGAACCCAUCAGGACAACCGACUUGUGCUUGCGAGGGAACUGGCUUCACAGGUAGUAUGUGUCAGACACCAGUGUGCUCAAAUGGCUACUGCUUGAAUGGGGGGAGGUGUUCAGUUGACGCAAAUAACCAACCGGUGUGUAACUGCGCUGGGACUGAACACCGAGGAAGUCGUUGUGAGACGCCAAUAUGUUCUCAUGGCCAUUGUAUGAACGGUGGUACUUGUCGUGUAAACGAGCUGGGUCAACCGGUUUGUGAUUGUCUGUUAACAAAUUAUCAGGGUCCCCGCUGCGAAAUCCCCAUUUGCCCAACGGGCUACUGUGGUGGACGGGGUACAUGCGUUGUCGUUCAGCGGAAACCCACUUGUAAUUGUCAUUCAGGUUAUCGAGGCUCACGAUGCGAAAUCGAAGUUUGUCCCGAAAACUACUGCAUUAAUGGUGGAUACUGUAGACCCGGUCCUGAUCGAACUCCGAUUUGCACGUGUCCACCCAAUUACGAAGGAGAUCGGUGCGAACUACCCAAAACCUGUCCAUCGGAUUAUUGUUUCCAUGGCGGACGGUGCACCAUGGUUCGUGGGGUCCCUCAGUGUGACUGUCUUGGGACGGACUACACUGGGUCACGCUGCGAAACACCUCAGACCUGUCCCGUCGGAUUUUGUCAAAACGGAGGACGUUGUUCAGUGCAGCAAGGGAACUACGUCUGUGACUGUACCGGAACCGGAUAUCGAGGAAUCAUUUGCAACGAACCAAUCGCCUGCCCACCCAACUACUGUCUCUUUGGUGGCAUAUGUUCUGUAUUGCCGGACAAACAGUACGUAUGUGACUGUUCACGUACCGCACGAACCGGGAAACACUGCGAAGGAAGUUCAAACGGAAUCUACAUAACCUACGAAAAAGAGGGUUACCUCAUCUAUCCGUUAUCACCAUACGUUCGUACUGUUGAGGAUAACGUGACGCUUGGUUUUCGUACCUAUAUGCAAUCCGGAACCUUAAUAACCUUUAUGACGACCGAUGGACGGCAUUGGGCGGUAAAGUUGCGUGACGGACGCUUGAUGCUGGAUGUUGACGGAAAGAAUGUCUAUGCACUCCAAACGCGUUCAAACGACGGGCACUAUCAUGUGAUCAAUAUCGAACGCAGAGGUGAUACCAUGAUCGUCACUCAAGAUACGGAAGUAAUUCGUGUUGUUUUACCAGGUUUGGUAAAUCCGAAUGAUAAGAGUAUCACGUAUAGUGCACUUCAUAUUGCUGCUGAUGAGAAAAAAUCGGAUGUCUUUCGAGGUGUUAUCGGUGGUGUCUACUGGAACGGUCGAUACCCGAUUGAUGACCUAAAGGCCGGGGGGGUGACGCCCACAGGCGAAGUGACGAUCGUCCUCACACCGGAAUUCCAAAUAUUCCCACCGAAACCACAGCCCAUCUGUUCGCCAGGUUAUUGUUUGAACCAGGGAAUAUGCUACGCGGAGAACUAUCAGUUGAAGUGUGACUGCAGCAAUUCCGGGUGGAAUGGAGCUCGUUGUGAACGACAAAGCCGUGGUUUCAUGCCUACUAAACGUGGCAAUGGUGCUUACGUCAUCUACAGACUGAAUCCACCAAAACGUACAACGGAAGAUGAAAUGCGUGUUGCUUUUCAAACUUGGGCCCAAGAGGGACCAAUCUCAAGAGUGAUCUUGGGUGAUGGAAGCUAUUUCGAUAUUGUAUUGAAUGAUGGACGUUUGUAUGUGAGUUUCAACGGGGUGGAAUAUAUUCCGAUUAGUUCGUCUGGGCAAGAAUUCAGUGACUCACGGAUGCACGUGGUUACCAUGAGACGCAACAAUAGACGUUUCAACUUCACCGUGGAUGGAUAUCGGACGCUGCACGAACCACGUAAUUUCGUCGGUAUCGACGGGUCUCAAAUUACUCGCGAGAUUGUCCUUGGCGCCGAUCGUGACUUCCAAAAGACUUUUGACGGUGUAAUUGGAGCAUUCUACUGGAACGGUCAUUAUUUGAUUGACGAAAGGGGCAGUCUUGUGUCGGAUGCAAACGUGAUGGUAGCACCUGGCCGACAACCAUCCGGCAACAUGGAAGAAGUGGUUGUAGUUUUGAUGCCACAUUUGCUUCAACCCAUCACCACGGAGAAACCUGGACCCCCGAAACCACUUCCAGAUCGAAUUCCAGAAGGAUCAAACGCUGGCGGUGUCGUCAUGCCCGGUCUUGGGACGGGUAACGUCAACCUUGGCGCACCGAUAUUUGUUCCCGGGAAGGUUUACGGUGGUGGUGGAGCCGGCAUGAACGCAGGUACCGGCCUGAUGCUUAAACAGCCUGGUGGUAUUCUGGGAAUGGGCGGACUUAUUGACGCGCUCAUCGCCGGUCUUUUGUUGGCCCUACUCCUCCUGAUCUCUGCCCUUAUUUGGGCUUGCUGGCGAUGUAAACCUGGAUGUUGUCCUUGGUGUUUUGGAAAGUCUGGAGCUGGAAUGGGAACUUCGGCAUGGGAUCGCCUGAUUGGAGUGUGUUGUGCGCCGCCGAAAGAAAAAGAUGGCCCACUACUUGCAAACGGGAAGGAUAUUAUGGAUAUUGGCCCAGCUUACAUCACGCCUACACACACGGUAGCAGCAGUCCCAGAUACAAACAUCUAUAGCCCCGAAGGACUCAAAGUUGACUGUGUAUUGAUAACAUCGGACAGCAGGUAUUUCGUGACUGGAUCAGGAAUGGGACCACCAAAAACCUGGGAUGCUAAAUCCGGGGAAAUUCACCAAAUAAUGGAAGGAAAUGAAGCUGGGUGUACCGACCUACAUUUGGCUUGCAAUGACACAGUCCUCGUCACACAGGUGGUGGACGACUUCAUGGAUACAAUAGGAGAUUCGAGUGCAUUACGCAUCAAGCGACUGCAAUUAUGGGAUUUCGCAACGGGCCAUCAACUAGAAAUGCCUGUGGAAGUCAUGUGUACAGCCACCUGUCUGGCUCGUGCAAGCCAUCACGUGAUUGUGGCUCGGUGUACUCCAUCCGGACCGACUAUACUGGUGUGGAAUUUGUCGGCAAACGCAGUGGAACGGGAAAUCCCCUAUGAACCGUUUAGUCCACUGAUGCAAAACAACGUCAGCUACUUGAACAUUUCACACGAUGACCGUCUGGUUGUGGCUGGAUACAAGGUUGAUGAACAAGCGCAUUAUAUGGUUUUUGAUAUUGCUGCAAACUAUCCAUCACAAAUUCCGAUACAACCGCACACCGUGGUAUUUGACGCUGAAGUGGGCGCUACUGAAAUAAUUGGACCUGACCAAGCAGUUACUGGAACAAGGAAAGGUGAGCUUCUGGUUUGGAAUCUACACACCAGAGAAGUCGUCCGUCAGAUUCAAAUCACUGCCACUUUGGAUCGUGGCAAUCUGACGACCUUACCACCACAUCACGGUACUGUGCACUGUGUAAAACUUUCUGACGACAAGCACUAUUUGGUUACUGGGGCCCAGGAUCAGUUGGUGCGAGUGUGGACUAUGCCCGAUGAGCGCUUGCUGCAUACGCUAGAAGGACAUGCGGACGAUGUUCUCAGUGUGGACAUUUCGAAAGACAACGAACUCGUGGUGUCUGGCAGUUGGGAUGGGUCGAUUCGCGUUUGGCGCCUAAGUGAUGGAAAUCAGAUCUGUUGGUUCUCCUCCAACAUUGAAAUUCUCCAAGUGAAGAUUAGCAAUGAUAAGCAAUCUCUGGUUGCUCUGGGUGAAAGGAACGAUCAUCGGAAAUUGAUAACGCUUCGAGUUGUGCGCAACCGUGUUCGGAAGACGACAACUUUACGUCCGACUUUGGGGCGCGGUGAACCUGUAAUGUAACUGCUCACUCCAGCCACACUACCUGAAUCAAGAUUACUUGUCACCCAAUGGUUAGAUACAACGUUGAACGACUGAAGAGUUAUUGUUAGUCAUUAUCUCUCAGUUUGCUGGUUUCUCUUCAAAUACUUACCCAUCUAGGCAUGAUAUAUAUAUAUAUAUAUACUUAGGAGUAUACCUAGUCGUAAUAGCGCUAUUUCCCCUGUCAGCUUGUCUUAACCUUUAAACUGGGAUCUGACACAAAACAGAAUCCCUUUUCUGCACAAAACCGACCAUGAGGUCACAUUUCUUUUGAUUGCAUUUAACGAACGAGGCUUUACUGCUGUUACUUACGUCGUUCAACUCGAAGCGUAUUGUGCCUUUCAAAAGGCUUCUUUGUUGACGCGAUACUUCUCACGAGUCCGUCGAUGCUGAGUCACCAUCUCUGGAGAGAUAUCGAACGUCUCCCAACUACUGUGAUGCCCGGUUAUUACUGAGCACAUGUCUUCCAAAUCGAUAGUCCAAAGUGCAUGUAACGGUCGAUGCUUCACAGGUUUACUUAUCAUCCAUUUAACACCCUUUAUUCUUGACAGAUUUUCUUGCGUGGCCUGCCGUUUUCACUAGUUAUUUUUCUUGUGUCUACAUGAUACUUUCCAAUAUGAAUCCGAAAUCACUCCUACCACCCAAAUAUCAGUACUAUCCCGAACGCUUAUGUAAGACGUUGCCACCAUUUCCAGCCGAAAUGCCUUUUAGCAUCUUUGUAGCUUGUUUUCCAAACAACCCAGAUCAUUUAAACAACCAACUACCAAUCAGAUACAUGAAGUGUGCCGACGCACGGAUAUUUAUGCUUAUCAAUCAAUCCAAACCGUACUUGGUAGGAUCAUUGGACAUUGUGGUGCAUACGGUUACUCAGCAUUACCUACGCAAGCCAAACUAGGGAAACCCCGCAUGUACCUCGGAAGAACACGUAGCUGCUGCUUUUAAAAUACGGUCAAAACGUACGCCAUUUUAAACGUUACCUUUCAUUUCUGCUAUCUUUUUCUCCAAUCAAGAUGACAACAGCUUAUAAAACAAACUCUGUUACACCUGGUAAUCGAGCUUUGGGUUCUGUUAUCGUUUGCAGUCGCUUUUAUUAGAUCUCGGACGUCGCCUCUGUCCAAUUCGUUUUUGGUUUUACUUUAACGUUUGGUUUGUGCCCUUUUAUGCUGUUUCAAGCGUUAUUAUUACGAUUAUUCAUACACCAAGCUGUGUAACAAACUUUUUCGGCAAAUUAAAAUUCCUUUCGCGAAAUU